UUUCUAGGGCUUUGCUUGUGUGGAAGGAAACAGAUUGUACCCAGUUCGUAGAAGCUGCUGACCACUCGCCAGCAUGGUGGUUUUCACAUGCGAUGCGUGUGGAGAGUCUGUGAAGAAAGCACAGGUUGAAAAACAUGUGAACAUCUGCAGGAACUGUCAGUGCCUUUCGUGCAUGGAUUGUGGCAAGGAUUUCUGGGGUGACGAUUACAAAGAACAUGUGAAGUGUGUAAGUGAAGACCAGAAAUAUGGUGGAAAAGAUUUUGAAGCCAAAACUAACAAAGGAGAUGCUAAACAACAAGAGUGGAUUCAGAAAAUCCAUGAAGUAAUAAAGAAGCCAAAUGUCAGCCCUAAAGUGCGGAACAUUCUGGAGCAAAUGCGUGCCUUUGAUAACAUUCCAAGAAAAAAAGUAAAGUUUCAGAAUUGGAUGAAGAACAGUUUGAGAAUUACUGACAUCACUUUGCAAGACCAGGUGUGGGAUAUUUUCUCUGAAGCAACCAGAAACAUUUCAAGUGAAAAAGAACAAGCCAAACCACAGCAGAAGGAAGAGGUGCAUUCUGCAGAAACUGGGAAACAAGAAAAUGGAAUUACAGAUGAUAAAACUGAGAGGAAAAAGAAUAAGAGAGAACGAAAAGAAGAGAGACAAAAGAACAAAAAGAAGGAGAAAAAGGACUUGAAAUUAGAAAACCAGACAGAAGUAAAAAAGAGUAAAAAGUCCAAAAAAGAAAAGGAGAGCUUGGAGAAUGAAUUUGAAAUAAAUGGAAAUGGCCAUCAGAGUGAAGUAGAAAAGGAAACAAAUGUAAAGAAACGCAAACAUAAACAUGCAGAAGAGCAACCUCCUAUUACAAGGAAGAAAAUGAAAACUGAAUACAUUUCAGAAGACAUGGAAACAGAAAACAACAAUGGCAAUGAAGAGAAUUUUGGAAGAGGUAAAUUCAACUGGAAGGGAACCAUCAAAGCUGUCCUGAAACAGGCUCCAGACAAUGAAAUUUCAAUUAAGAAACUAAGAAAAAAGGUUAUAGCUCAGUAUUAUGCCACAGCUGGUGAACAUCACAAAUCACAAGAGGAUAUUCUAGUCAUGUUUAAUAAGAAAGUGAGUAACAAUCCCAAGUUUAAAGUUUUAAAGGACAAAGUUAAACUCCUGAAAUAAGAGUUUGCGUACUUUUCAUAACAUCUGCAUUUUAACCGGACUGAGACAAAUUCUUCUAUCAGCUAUACAAAUACGUUGCACUGGUCUCAGAUUAUUUAUGUGAGAGCAGAAUUUUAAGACUGGAUUCCUCCUCUUUUCUCUAGGUUUAUCACAGAACAUUUUAAGAUAUUUUAUUUUUGAUUUUAUGGAAAAUGUAUAUUUUUUGGUACAAGUUUUAAGGGACAUUGAAAAUAAUUGUUGCCUAUUGUAUUAAACUCUUCUAAUGAUAAAACUUACAGGCAAGAAUGUUUAUCAGGACCUGGGUUGUGUGUCUUUUUGCAGAAACUACUGUAAGAGCAACUAGCAUUUUCAUAUUCAAACCCCCACUGUGGAGUAAAUGUGUUGUUAUGCUAAAAUUCUAUGACUGAUAUCGCCUUAAUAUGGGGUUUAAUAACCUGUUAGUUCUGUGUAAUAACCUGUUAAUUCUUUAUCGUAACAUGCAUAAUAAAAGUGUCUGUCAAGUUUGUGUACGUAAUAUUGCACAAUCAGUGAAAAUCUGAAGACUGUUACCUGUAUAUGCACUGGUACUGAAUGUCUUAAUUAGUGACACAGCUGACUUCAAUGCAAGGGCGCACUUAAACCAAAAAUGGAUGAAAUAAAUUACUUUGAAACA